CCGCCCCCGCCCCCCAAGAUGGCGACCGUCGCCGAGCUGAAAGCGGCCCUGAAGGACGCGCUGGCGAGGAGCGGGGCGCUUGGGCAGGUGCGGGCCCGCGUCCGGGCCGAGGUCUUCGCCGUGCUGGACGACCCGGGCGAGCCGCGCCCCGCCGUCCCCCGCGAGACCCUCCUGCUGAACGAGCUCAUCCGCGAGUACCUGCAGUUCCACCGGUACAGCUCCAGCGCCUCCGUGUUCCUGGCCGAGUCCGGCCAGCCCGAAAUCCCCCUGGGCCGGGAAUUCCUCGCUAACGAGCUCAAUAUCGUGGAAGAGCCCAGCAGCAGAUCCGUGCCACUUUUGUAUGGAAUUCUAACCCAGCUGUUACGUGGCAGUGAAAAGACGGUCCCCCACAUGUUCCCCAGAGCCCCGUCUUUGUCGUGUUCAAAGUGGACUGUCAGCAAGCCAUCCCACCAAAGGAGCCAAACGGAAACCGUUCCAGAGUCCGGACACGUGGCUGGGGUGAGACUUGAAGAUAUGUGGGAUUCACAGGGCAUCCAUAAGUGAAAUAAAGAACUGCAAGUUUUUUUUUA